AUGCGUGAGCUCACUGCAGCAACGCGUGAGCUCACUGCAGCAAGACGUGAGCUCACUGCAGCAAGGCGUGAGCUCACUGCAGCAAGGCAUGAGCUCACUGCAGCAAGGCGUGAGCUCACUGCAGCAAGGCGUGAGCUCACUGCAGCAAGGCGUGAGCUCACUGCAGCAAGGCGUGAGCUCACUGCAGCAAGGCGUGAGCUCACUGCAGCAAGGCGUGAGCUCACUGCAGCAACGCGUGAGCUCACUGCAGCAACGCGUGAGCUCACUGCAGCAACGCGUGAGCUCACUGCAGCAACGCGUGAGCUCACUGCAGCAACGCGUGAGCUCACUGCAGCAACGCGUGAGCUCACUGCAGCAACGCGUGAGCUCACUGCAGCAAGGCGUGAGCUCACUGCAGCAAGGCGUGAGCUCACUGCAGCAAGGCGUGAGCUCACUGCAGCAAGGCGUGAGCUCACUGCAGCAAGGCGUGAGCUCACUGCAGCAAGGCGUGAGCUCACUGCAGCAAGGCGUGAGCUCACUGCAGCAAGGCGUGAGCUCACUGCAGCAAGGCGUGAGCUCACUGGAGCAACGCGUGAGCUCACUGCAGCAACGCGUGAGCUCACUGCAACAAUGCGUGAGCUCACUGCAGCAACGCGUGAGCUAACUGCAGCAAGGCGCGAGCUCACUGCAGCAACGCGCGAGCUCACUGCAGCAAGGCGCGUGCUGGCGCCAGCGCAUAACGCGCCAUUGGGCCCCCGCCAUUGUCACAACGCAAAGAUCUCGCCGCUCGCCGACAUGGGUGCUGCUCACAAGAUCGCGGCUCACGGUGCGGCUGUCGCCAAGAAGGGCGGCCCGAGCGUCAUUUUCGAGAUCGCCGCUGGCCUUAGCCUCGGUGCCGUAGGCGGGUCGCUGUGGAAGAUGGCCAGUAACGCGUUUGAGAUGGGUUAUGAUGAGGCACAUGUGGAACCGACUUACCCAUGUUGA